CGUUUAUCUGUAAUUAUGAUGGCAAACCCUGGAUUUAUUUGGUUCAACCUUGGUUAUUUACAUGCAACCAUCAUUUGAUUGGGAAAAUGCGUGGCGUUAAUUAACUCGUGUAUAUUUUCAACGGUAAGUUGAUAUGGCGAGUGCAGCCAAGAACAUCGACGGAGGCUGGGCUCGGGUCAUCCUGACAUGUGGCUUCUUCUGCAUGUUUUUGAAUGGAUUCAUGUGCUAUUCCGUGGGCGUUAUCGCCGAAGCGUUGCUGGAAGAGUUUGACGGCGACCUUGCUAGCACUGCUGCAGUUGGAACGUCUAUUAUCGGCAUCGAACAUUUGUUAGGUCCUUUCAUUGGCAUUGGUAUUAACAUAGUGGGAUGUCGCUGUUGUACGAUAUUUGGAGGUGUCGUUGCAAUGCUUGGACUGGUAGGUGCAUCGAUGUCAAAGCAUCUAUCGACCAUGAUGGGAACCUUUGGAAUUUUGAGUGGUGGCGCCUCCUAUCCCUCAUAUGUCAUCCGUACAAAACACGUGCAAAGGCAAGGAAAUAUAGGGACUUGA